AUGAAGCUCUUCCUUCUCCUCUCUGCUCUUUGCGUUGUCGCUCUCGCUCAAAUCACCUGCGAGAAAUACUGCACUGGUGAACUUGGAGCUCCUAACUGCAUUCCUCCCCGUCACGAUGUCUGGCAGACCAAGCCAUGCUACGCUCAAUGCGUAAGCAACUGUAACUAUAACAGCGUCAACUGGUGUGCUAAUAACAGAUACAAAUGCUGUAUGACUGCCAAUGGAUUCAACAGAACUAACAGAUGCUGGCCUCAAUGGAACGCUGCUUCUUAA